UAAUCAGUUCCUCGGGGAGUGGGAGGGGCGGAGCGCUCCGGCAGAGCCCGGGAGAGGAGAGGGGUCUCACGUAGAGACCCAGAGGCGACCACGAGGACGCUCCCCCGCCCCCUCCCCCUGCGCGGUACGCGGGGAUCAAAGGGCGCAGGCGCGGGGAGGGGGCUGGGCUGCAGUGAAGAUGGCGGGAACCUGGUCGCUGGUGCCUGCUGCAGCCUUGGUGCGGCGGAAGAGUUGGGACUUUGCCGCUCUCUCUUUCGGCCCCACGGCGUUGCUCUCCCGAAAGAUCGAGAGAACGCCACAGAGGCUGCCAGUUUGCAGGUGGAAGACAAAUCUUUCUUUCCUUAAUCGACGAGACCUUCCAAAUCUGGCUUAUAAGAAGUUAAAAGGCAAAACCCCAGGUGUUAUUUUCAUCCCAGGAUAUCUUUCUAAUAUGAAUGGGACAAAAGCAAUGGCAAUUGAAGAGUUUUGCAAAUCUCUAGGCCAUGCCUGUAUAAGGUUUGAUUUAUCAGGAUGUGGAAAUUCAGAAGGCAAGUUUGAAGACUGUACAGUGGGGAAAUGGAGGAAAGAUAUUCUCUCUAUAAUUGAUGACAUAGCAGAAGGACCUCAGAUAUUGGUUGGAUCUAGCAUGGGUGCCUGGUUAAUGCUUCACGCUGCGAUUGCACGCCCAAAAAAGGUAGCAGCUCUCAUUGGCAUAGCUACAGCAGCAGAUAGCAUAGUAACAAAAUUUAAUCAACUUUCUGUUGAGGCAAAAAAAGAUAUAGAAGUGAAAGGUACGUGGAAGGUGCCAACAAAAUACAGUGACGAUGGAUUUUAUAUCUUUCAGUACAGUUUCAUUAAAGAGGCAAAUUUGCACUGCUUGUUAAACGGCCCUAUCCCUGUGACGUGCCCUAUAAGAUUGCUCCAUGGCAUGAAAGAUGAGGUCAUUCCAUGGCAAACUUCCAUGCAGAUUGCUGACCAAGUGAUCAGCUCAGAUAUAGAUGUCAUCCUUCGUAAAAAUGGUGAUCAUCGAAUGAAGGAGAAAGAGGACAUCAAACUUCUUGUGUAUACCAUUGAUGAUUUAAUUGAUAAGCUUACCACCUCAAAUUGAGUUUAUGGUGGCACAGAUAUACACUUUAUUGUGUGGCCGACCAAAACCCUGUUUUUAAUUGAAAUGACAGACUAGUGAAUCAGGAAGGCUGUAAGGGGUGACAAAUGAAAAGUACUGGGCUUUAAGUUUUUUCUCUUACCUCCAUAUUGUAAAUACUGUAUGACAAUUUUCUUAAUGCUACAUUUGCACAGAUGGUAGAUAUUGUGAAAAACUAUAGGUUGCUGGAAAUCUUUUUCUCUUCCAUCCUAGACUUUUUUCAUUACAAUGUUCCCUACACUAUUUUUUUCUAAGAAAAUGUGUUGAUUGUGCCAAGUGUUUUAUUUGGUUAAUGCUUCUUGAAUUGUAAAAUAAAGCUUAGUUUUUCCGUUUAGGACCAUUAAAUAUGAAGAUUUGUGCAAUAAUUGUAAUAGUUUUUUGCUCAAAUAUGCAAAUUCACAAAAUGAACAAGAAUUGUUCAGUAAAAUUAAAACUUGAAAAAGUCUGAUUAUAAUAAAGUUCAUAAUGUAAAAGGUUGUUGCUUUUAUAAAGUAUAUUAUUCAUAGAUACUGUAGAAUAUUUUAAAUUAAGGUUGUCAGAAAAUUAUUCCCAAGUACCUUCAUAAUAAUAUGAAAGAGGUAUUGUUUAUCAACUUUAUUUUAUUUAGAAGUUAUAUUUAAGCUUACUUCAAAGUUCAAGGAUCUGUUAUUUCUUUUGGACUGUUAGUACUUUUGGACUGACACACAUUUUAAUCCCUCCAUGCUUUCAUGAAUUCUUAAAAUUAAAGAGUUCAGUAUCUAAUGGCCAACUCUUUGAAUAAACCUUGCCACACUUAA